GAUGGGUGCACUCAUCUGCGGAAACUCUUCUUCAGAGAAUCUGGGAUUUGCCGAAGUGAGGACCCAAGGAUUUAGUCGGUUCUGUAUUGCUGCAGGAGGACUGACGCAAAAGGAAGAUGCCACUGAGGAGCUCAGCAGGAUUCCUGCUGCUCUUGCUCUCUCAGUGCACUGUGUCCCUGGGCACCAAAGAGGCAAUGGUCCUGGCUAAUGCCCACCUCCUCCCCCAGAGAGAGUAUGAGAGACUGGGAAACGCCAAUGAAAAAGACUAUCCAAGAGAUUGUUUUGAGAUUUUACAGCAUUCCAAAGGAAAUUCCAGAGAUGGCCUUUACAUCAUCCAACCAAAAGAGGAACCAAUUGUUGUCUUUUGUAACAUGCAGGAUGGUGGCUGGACAAUAAUCCAGCACAUUACAGCCAACAGCACUGUCGACUUUGACAGGAUUUGGCAGGACUACAAAUAUGGAUUUGGCUCGGUUCAUGAGAACCACUGGUUAGGAAAUGAAUACAUGCAUCAGUUAACUGGCGGCUCGGUGCAAUAUAUACUUGGAGUUAAACUUGUGAAUCUAAAUGCUGAAGUCAAAUGGGGACAGUAUGAGCCAUUCCUGAUUGAGGGGGAAGAGUGUCAAUAUCGAAUCAGGGUUGGUCUUUACAAAGGCAAUGCCACUGAUGCACUGACCCUGGACACGGAAGCUUAUCUCCAUGACAACCAGAAGUUCACCACCAAGGACAGAGACAACGACAACUACUUUAUGAAUUGUGCUAAGCUGGAACUCAAUGGCAUUCCCGGGGGAGGCUGGUGGUACGAUGCAUGUGCUGGGGCAAAUCUAAACCGCAGGAAUGUAAUAUACUGGCAAAAAGACUGCAGCAAGCAGCACCCCUGCAAGUUUGCAUGGAUGAUGAUCAAACCCAUCGAGCACCACCAGUCACUCCCUACAAAGGCCUGCCCCUGUCAGAAAGUUGAACUGUAG